AUGGCUGGUAUACCGCCACCACCGCCACCCCCUCCUCCUCCUCCACCGCCACCACCACCACCACCACCACCACCUGUUUGUGGUGGCGGGCCCAAGAAAUGGGCGACGGUGGCGGUCGAAGGCUCACAAACUAAAGAGAAAGAGAAGAAACGAAUUGGUACUAAGCUCCCUGAAUUAGUAUUUCCCACAACAGACGAGGAGAGAAAGAAAGCCAAGGUGUUCCGCUUUCUGAAGCCCCCAACACCUCCCACACCAUCCCCAGUCAGACCUCCAAGGGUUAUAACACCCGUAGCCCCCAGACCGCCCCCUCCUAUCUUCAGAAUUGAUGGCGGUCCACCACCUCCACCACCUCCACCGCCACCUCCUCCCCCACAAGGCUUUGGCGGUCCUAAAAAGUGGGCAACUGUCGCAGUUGAUGAAGCAGGCCAGCCUAAAGAAAAGAAGAGGAUUGGAACGAAGCUUCCAGAGUUAGUUUUUCCAAAAACAGACGAAGAGCGAGCCAAGCAUAAAGUGUUUCGCUUUCUGCGGCCACCAACUCCACCGACACCCAGCCCUAAAAAAAACAGGCGAUCAUUUGUUGUAGAAUCACCAACGUUACCAGAUGCGUCUUCCUCUGAUCUGGCUGGUUCCGUCCCCCUAGAGCCACCUCCUUCCCCACAACAUUCUUCUCCAAAAAGUCCGUUCGCUCUGCAAGAAGAAACAGAACCAAUCCCUAUGCCACCAUUAGCCAGAUCACCUAAACAAACACCUAAAAGACUACCUAAGGUCACUGGUCUGGAAGGUCUUACGUUUCAAGAACAAUUGAAACUGAGAUCUCGUGUUCAAGAGCCAGAAUCUCCUAAAACUCCCAUGACACUAAGGGAUAUAUCUAGCAAAACACAAAUGACGCCCAUGGAAAUAUCUCCGAAAACCCCAGUGACAGGUAGGAAUCAGUUGCAAACAGGGACUGAAGGUCAGCCGUUUGAGCAACACACACCUGCUCGUCAGCCAUCAGGCGCAAGAUCGGCUUCAAGUCCAAGAAUCGAUUAUCCAGAAAAAGCUUUAUCGACCUCCCCAAAAGCACCCAUACAAUCCCCAAGAUCGCCACCCAAACUUUCACGAGAACCUACAACCCCACAACGCAGCCUGCCUAGUGACAUGAAUACAACAGAAGAGGCACCUCAAACAAGCCCUAUCUAUAGCACAGUAUUGCCAAAAGACAAGCGCCUUGCACCACCGCCUCCUAGCAACACAUACGAGAAGAUAUCUCCACAACAGUCUCCGCCCAAACAGUUGAAACCAAACACCCCACAAUACACUGAUGAGCCUCAACUCCAACAAGAGCAGCAAGAAUCACCAAUGAACAAACUGGCCAAUACGUGGUCGCCGUCUUAUCAAAAACCCAACAGACUGGGAAUUUUCCCGCCAACACCCCCACCUAGACAACCAGUGGAGAACAUUGGGCAAGAUGUCCUUGCACCAUUACAAACUCGGGAUUCCAUUGAAGGAGGUCGUGUAUCAGGCGCCCAAUCGGCUUCGCCACCCGGAUCUAGAUCACGACCACAAAUAAUCAGACAAGAUAGCCAUGCAUCCUUCUCACCCCAAGUUCCUUCUGAAGAAAGUCCUGUUGCGGGCGCAAAACUGGACUCACCGCCGGCACGUCAGUCAGCGCGAAGAACAAGUGAAAAAGAUGUCCGUGCAACUUUCCCCAAACGUGUCCCCUUUGAAGGUGGGAUUAUGCCGGUCCUUGACCCGGCCUUGACUGUGGCCCGCGACCGUUUCGUCGGCUCCAAAAAUGUUUCAGGGCUGACUGCUGAUAACUUUGAUGAGAUCAUUCGACCCAGAGACAUGGCAAUUGUGCUGUUUUACGAUCCACAAGAUCCUAAGAGUACAAAGUCAAAGAAAUACUUCAAGAAGGCGGCAGAGUCUGAGACAGAACCCAGCCACCAUUACGCAGCCGUGGACUGCAUGCGAGAUCGCUAUUUCUGCGAGUCGCUGGACGUCACCAGUCUACCCACGUUCAGGAUCUACGCAAACGGAGCUGUCCUAGGCACCAUCAGAGAUACAACCGGCUUCAACGAUGUGGCAAUGAAGAAGUACAUUGAGACCCUGACCAGCAUAAGAGAACCAGGCAGCAAAUCCGCCAGCCAACUUCGCACAACUCAACGGGACUCGGGCCAGUCCAAAUGCAAACUUUCUAAAAUACUUGGCUUCAAGAAGUAA